CCCUCUCCCUCUCGCUCCCUCUCUCUCUCCCUCUCUCUCUCUUUUGUGAGUUAUAGCAACCGUUGCCUUGUGAAUCAAGCGCCAUAGUCACCGUAGUCCUGGCGACUGUUACCCAUCAACAACAACUACUCCUCUCCUCCUCCUCCUCCUCUUCCUCCUCCUCCUCCCCACCACCACCAUCUCCAUCACCCACCAACAACACCACAAUAAUCCACAGCCAAGGCCCCUUGAUCAUUCUGGCAUUUUAUGAUAGAGAAUACAUUGAGUUUGGCUCAUGGAAAGAAUAUGAGCUUCUGUGGGAAGAUAAUCACACAAUCUACUGGUUAAGAGAACCAGGAUUCAAGAGAACUCAUUAUGGACAAGAGAACAACUGGAGAGAGACAAAUGAAGAUAAAAUUCUAAGUACAUGUUCAGUUUGGGAUCAUAGGAACAACUAAAAUGCCCAUACUAUGAGAGAAUAUCAUCUUCUUAUGCAGGAGACAAGAAAUGUUGAGAGGAGCCAGAACUUGAAUGAAAUGAAACAUUUCCCUUGAAAGAUCACAAUAGACCAUCAUGCAGACAUCAGAGACCGGGUCGGACACAGGUUCGACAGUGACUUUACAGACAUCUGUGGCUAGUCAAGCAGCAGUGCCUACACAGGUGGUACAGCAGGUACCAGUACAACAGCAGGUACAGCAAGUACAGACUGUGCCACAGGUACAGCAUGUCUACCCAGCUCAGGUGCAGUACGUGGAAGGAAGCGAUACUGUCUAUACCAAUGGAGCGAUCCGAACAACAACUUAUCCUUACACAGAAACACAGAUGUACAGCCAAAACACUGGAGGGAAUUACUUUGAUACUCAAGGGAGCUCUGCGCAGGUGACUACCGUAGUUUCGUCCCACAGCAUGGUGGGCACCGGUGGGAUUCAGAUGGGCGUCACGGGAGGACAACUCAUCAGCAGUUCUGGAGGAACCUAUCUCAUCGGCAAUUCAAUGGAGAACUCUGGUCACUCAGUGACACACACCACUCGGGCCUCCCCAGCGACAAUUGAAAUGGCGAUUGAGACGCUGCAAAAGUCUGACGGUCUGUCCACUCACAGAAGCUCUCUCCUCAACAGCCAUCUCCAGUGGCUGUUGGACAAUUAUGAGACAGCAGAAGGAGUGAGCCUUCCCAGAAGCACGCUGUACAACCACUACCUACGACACUGUCAGGAACACAAACUGGAUCCAGUCAAUGCUGCUUCUUUUGGAAAACUAAUAAGGUCAAUUUUUAUGGGAUUACGAACCAGGAGAUUGGGAACUAGAGGAAACUCCAAGUAUCAUUACUAUGGGAUUCGUGUCAAGCCAGAUUCCCCUCUGAAUCGUCUGCAAGAAGACAUGCAGUAUAUGGCUAUGAGGCAACAGCCUAUGCAACAGAAACAAAGGUACAAGCCUAUGCAGAAAGUGGAUGGGGUUGCAGAUGGUUUCACAGGAAGUGGUCAGCAGACUGGCACAUCUGUUGAACAAACUGUAAUAGCCCAAAGUCAACAUCAUCAACAGUUUUUAGAUGCAUCUCGAGCACUUCCAGAGUUUGGAGAAGUUGAAAUCUCUUCUCUGCCAGAUGGUACUACCUUUGAGGAUAUCAAGUCACUGCAGAGUCUUUAUCGAGAGCACUGUGAGGCAAUAUUGGACGUUGUUGUGAAUCUUCAGUUUAGCCUGAUAGAAAAACUGUGGCAAACAUUCUGGCGCUAUUCUCCUUCUACUCCAACUGACGGCACUACCAUCACUGAAUCAAGCAAUCUGAGUGAAAUAGAAAGUCGACUUCCGAAAGCAAAGCUGAUAACUCUGUGCAAACAUGAGUCUAUCCUGAAAUGGAUGUGUAACUGUGACCAUGGGAUGUACCAGGCUUUGGUGGAGAUUCUCAUCCCCGACGUGCUUAGACCUAUUCCUAGUGCCUUGACCCAAGCCAUUCGAAAUUUUGCAAAAAGCCUUGAAGGUUGGCUUUCCAAUGCCAUGAACAAUAUCCCACAGAGAAUGAUACAAACCAAGGUUGCCGCUGUAAGUGCCUUUGCCCAGACUCUGCGAAGAUACACAUCGCUCAAUCACCUGGCCCAGGCAGCUCGUGCAGUGCUCCAGAACACUUCCCAGAUCAACCAGAUGCUCAAUGACCUCAACCGUGUUGACUUUGCCAAUGUCCAGGAGCAGGCCUCCUGGGUGUGCCAGUGUGAUGACAACAUGGUUCAGAGACUAGAAACAGACUUCAAGAUGACUCUCCAGCAGCAGAGCACCCUGGAGCAGUGGGCUGCAUGGCUCGACAAUGUGAUGAUGCAGGCGCUAAAGCCCUAUGAGGGAAGGCCCAGUUUUCCGAAAGCUGCCAGGCAAUUCCUGCUAAAGUGGUCUUUCUACAGCUCAAUGGUUAUUCGGGACUUAACCUUACGCAGUGCUGCUAGCUUUGGCUCCUUCCACCUGAUCCGUCUACUCUACGAUGAGUAUAUGUUCUACUUAGUAGAACAUCGUGUUGCUCAGGCAACAGGAGAGACACCCAUAGCAGUCAUGGGCGAGACAUACCUUGUAGAUGAAAAAAAAACUCCUAUCAUGGAACUCUUUAUAAGCAAACUUCUGAAUUUUGGUGAUUUAAAUGCUGUGUCUCCUGGAAAUCUGGAUAAAGACGAAGGCAGCGAAGUGGAAAGCGAGAUGGACGAAGAACUGGACGACUCUUCGGAACCCCAAGCCAAAAGAGAGAAGACCGAGCUGAACCAGGCGUUUCCCGUGGGCUGCAUGCAGCCGGUGCUGGAGGGCGGGGUGCAGCCCAGCCUCCUGAACCCCAUCCACAGUGAGCACAUCGUCACGAGCACCCAGACCAUCCGGCAGUGCAGCGCCACAGGAAACACGUACACCGCGGUUUUCAGGUGUCAAGAAGGAUUUUUACCACAUUUAAUGCCAAUGUUUUUGUUUUCUUAUAAUUAAAAAGUAAUUUACAUUUUUUUGUAGCUUAAAAUAUUUUAUUGUUGAUUGUUAGUCUUGGUGUAUGAUUUCAUGUGUAAGUUUUUAAUUAGAUGCACUUCUGUGAAAUAUCAAAAGAAAUGAAUUUCUUUGAUUUACACUGGAGGCAUGCCCAUUUGGCAGCAGAUGCAUCAAAUUUGCUUUUGAAAGGUGCUUUUCAUUGGACAGAACCACAAGACGCGGUUUUGAUAACACUUUGGUACGGAGAGAGAAUACAGAGCAUUUUUAUUAUAGUGCUAGAGGGUUGGGAAGGUCAUCUAUUUUUCUCUGGAGAAAAAUUGAGCUGUGCAUUUAUCAGUUCAGGGUAAAUGACAGAACUGCAAGAGAUUAUGCUAAUAUGCACAUAAUUUGUGUACAUAAUUAUUAAACCAUAUUAAUGCAAGCUUCCGUUAAACAUUGAAUUUUAACCGUUAUUUGCAUACCAAUUCCUCUGUUUAAAGACUACUGAUUCUGUAUUUGGGACCACUGCACAGAUGCAUUCUGCUGUUGAGUGGGGCUGUUAUAGUUAGAUACUGAAGCUGAAAAAAAAAAUGACUUGACUUUUUUUGUUUUGUUUUUUUUUUUAAGUGUACAUGCUACUUAUGCUGAGCUGGACAUACAGGAAACCAUUCCAUUUGGAUGACUUUCUUUUAUUCCAGGUCUUUUUCCUAAUAGUAGUUCAAUAUGCUGCUAUUAUAGAAGAAAAUUUAUAGAAUGCAAGGAAUGUAGCAACCUGCAUAUCGUUAUUUCCUUCAAAAAUAUUUCCUGGUUUCUAAAGUAUGUGGAUUUAAAUUUUAAACAGAACCUGAAGGCAGUGUAACUGGCACACCACACUGUUGCUUAUCCCCAAUUCUGUAGGAUUUGGAUAGGUGGCUGGAUGGACCAGUGCCAUUGAAGAAUGUACAUCAGGGAUCAUCGUACCUCGGCUAUUACAUGGUGCCUUAAAACAGAACUGAAGCAACGGUUUAGUAAGGCUUAUUUUGUUCAUGUGAAUUCCUCUUCAAUCCAUUUGACAAGGUGUGCCUGUCACUUUCAGAUUCCCGAAGUAAGGACAGGUUACAUGUUCUUCAAAGGAAAUUUAGGGCAAAACAAAAAGACAGAAAUCAAUUUCCCCUCUCCGAGUGACCACGAAUGGACUUUUUGAUUCCUAUAGCUGAAUAUUACUUGAUUACAGAUCACAUUGCUUAAGGGUGUGGAAUAGCAGACUAGUUUUAAUUACCAACUUGUCACAUAAAAUCAUAUGUUUUAGGCCAUUCUUAUCUAGUUAUUUAAGAAAGUUAACAAAAUAAGCAGGUACUUAUUGAAGUGCAUCUUUUCAGUCUAAAUGUUUUUUUUCCGUCUGUGUCCUGGUUGUCUGUGUGUUCACGGUGCACUCAAGUGCCCAUGGGCAGGAGUCAGCUCAAAGUCGGGGGAGGUCCUAGACAGGAUGUACCCAUCCCCAUCUUAAUUUGCAUGAAAAGCCAAGGUUCUUUUAAGCACUCAAGUUAUUAACAGCAACAACAACAAAAAACAGGCACAUCCAUUCAUUUAAGUAGUUUUUAAAAAGCUGAUCAGCAAAAAUUAAUACAUAAAUAUGUAAAGCCAAAAAAAGGGAAAGCACAAAAUGAUUUACAGAUGAUUAAUGAGGCCUAUAUUGAACUCAAGAUGUUUAUCUUAACAGUUUUACUGGGGUGGGGUUGGGGGUUGGAAAGAAGAGGGUGAGCCAAUCUGUUAAAAAAAAAAAAAAAAAAAAAAAAAAACGAAUGGCUUAUCGGGUGACGUGCAGUAUAUUUCUACUGUUGUUGCUUGAUUGCCUUGGGCUGUUCGCAUAACUUAAGAUCAACAGAGUUUCUUAAGUAAACUUUAAAUGUUUUAGAUGUAAUUUUUUAAAUGGAUUCAAAUUUUCUAUGACUCAACUCACUCCUAUUUGGAAGUAUUCACUGGCAUUCUCUCAUCACCUCAUCCAAAUAUCAUUUACAUGACCAUCCCUGUUUUUUGUUCGCCCAAAAGGCGAUGAAUUUGCACCAUCACGCACACAAAAAGGCAAACAAACAGAACACCUUCACUGCAAAGACCACCUAUCUAUUUCAGUGUGCAUUAGGGAACAUUUGCAGGUAAAAUUAAACUCACAAAACAAAAAAGACACUCUUCAUCUCAACUCUCCUUUCCAAAAAGCUCUUUCACUUUCCUCUCCUUGUCCACCAGCCCCAGAACUCUACUCAUCUGUAUCAGACCAAAUGUACUUGCUGGUUUCACCUUGUUUAUUGAAUGAUUUUUAAAUGUAUUGAUUAUCAUUGUUUAAUGUUGGAUAUAUUUGUAUCAUUAGAGGAAUCUGAUAAUAACGGGCAAAUUUAGAUGGAUGAAAGGUAGGGAUUGGGGACCCUCCAGGAUUCAACAUUUCUUCCAGUUGUUCAUGGUAUAUUCUCCAUUAGGACAGUUAAGGAGUUAAUAAAUAUUACUACAUUUCCACUUGACUCACUAAGAACUUCAUGAUCUCCUUUAUGAACACAGGAGCAUCCAUCUGUGACUAGGGCAGAUAGUUGACCAACAGACAAAAGAGCAUCUACAAGCUGGGCUACUUCUGGUGAUCUGUAGUCCACAGUAAGACAAUACACCUCUAUAAUCAGACACAGACGUCUCAACCAAUCUCGAAUUUGAAUUGUGAGAGAGAGGAGAAAAUUCAAACCUCCUAAUUUGUACAUUUGAGGAAAUUGGAACAAUCCCCUUCAUUGUGUUUAUUUAAUAGUUUGAUUUUUCAUUUGUUUCAUUCAUUGAAACUGUGACUUUUCUAAAUAAUACGGACACUAAUACUCUCAGAGUAGAUUUAUUGACAAGUGACAAGUGCACAUGUUAAGGACUUCUUAAUAUUUCUUGACAUUGUAAUCAAACCCACUAGUCAUGAAAAACCUCUACAUAGACCAAGUGCUACACUUUCAGCGAGGAAGAUUUAAGGAAGGCAUGUUGGCUAUCGUUAAGUUUCGGAAAAGAUCCUUCCGUACAAUAGGAUUGAGUAUCGUGGGUAUGGUUUGAGCUUCACAUACAUACAUUGAGAAUCAUACCCGGAAGAUUUGCAUCCAUGAAGCCAGUGAACAAUGGGGUGAAAUGGGGGAACCACCUCCUUGGAACACAGGGCCCAAUUUUGAAAUUUUUCUUUGGAUAUCAAGCGGCUGGUCACUUUUUCAGGAUUCUCAUCCAAACUGUGUUUGGACUGACUAUUUAAGUCUUACUGCCUUUUCAGAAAUCUGCUUUCCUUUUUGUGCUUUUUCUUGUACUGUAUAGCACGGUUCAUGCACCUCUCUUUAGAUGGUGUACUUUAAAAAAAAAAAGUAAAUUUUAGAAAAUGGUUUUAACACUGCAUACCUAAAAUUAGUAGUGUGCAACAUUGACUGCCUUUGAUUUGUAGUAGACGAGUAAACAAUGAACACGUCCUUGUGGAAUAUGCUAUCAAAGACGUUCAGGACUGACGACUCUUUCAUUACUGAAAUCAUGAACCUUUUUGCGUGAAUGCACUCUCCAGAAGUGCUAAGCGUGAUGCAUUUUCAAAUUUAAAAAAAUUCUUCAGACGAUAUAUUUGAAAUGUCUAAAAUGAUGCUGUGCUUGAAACAUUAGUGAAAAAGAAAAAAAAAAUGUGUGUCACUGUGAUGUCAGUCCUCCCUGUGUGGACACAAGUAGAAAGUAAAAGAACUCUGGCAAGUCACCUUUCUGGACAAUUUGAGGCAGUGGUUAUAGGCAACAAAUUGACCUUUGUUAGAACCCUUCCCUCCCCCAAAUUCUCGGUGAGGAAACCACAACUAUCAAAAAAUUGAAAAUCAGAACUUAACAAUUUCUGUGAAUCACCCUGGAACAUGGGGGAGAGGGGGUUGUCAUGCAGUGCUAUGAAAAUUGGGCUUGUCACUAGAUCAGUUCAACCUCCAUGUAUAGGGUUAGAACAAAUCAAUGAACGGAAUCCUAGUAUUUCUGCAAGUCUGGUGAUUAAAAAAAAAAAAAAACUGGAAUAGAAGCAUUAAUUCAGUGCUUGGUUCUAGUAUUAGAAAACCCCUUUGAUGUAAUGCCUUGUAUUAACCCUUUGAGCAUUGUAAGAUAUACAAUGGGGGACAAAAGCCUUUCAGAUCAUUUAUUUAGACUUAGACCGGUAAAAUAUACUCUAUAUCCAAAUGUCUAAUUAUUGCUGUUUUUUUAAGGGGGGGGUAGGAAGAGAAAGUGUUUCCAUGCUGAACACUUGCAUUUUAUAUACAACUCUUAAUUUUCUUCUUCAAGAGGGCUUGAUAUAUUUAUUCCCAAAUAUUCACUGCCAUCUAAGUAAGUGUACUGUUUACAGAAAAAAAAAAAUCGACUUUUCUAGCAUCACAUCAUGACUCUAGAAAAGGAGGACAGAUACAUAGGGCCUUUAGACCUAUGUCAUAACUGACCUCUGCACAUUGAAAGUACCUAGAUUGCCUUUAAAAGGUAUGAUAAAGAAAGGGUUACAUUUCUUUUUUUUUUUUUUCCCCAAAACAAAACAAAAGAUCUCAUUUAUUUAGCUUUAGAAAGUACAAUUGUAAGUGAAGCCUUAGGAAGAAAUGAGUUCUAGUGGAUAAAGAAAAGCUGAACUCUUUGGGGGCAGGUAAGCUAUUUGGAGUUAGAUCUCUCAUAAAAUAUUGUUUGGGAAUUUCAUACAGGGCAUAAUUUUACCUAUGCUCCAAAACUUUUAACACUUUGUCAAAAAAAAACAAACAAAAACCCGAUUAGACGUAGGUAGAAUGGAGAGCAAAGCACUUGAUUUUCAGCUCAUCUGUCAGGAGAUGCCAUGACGACUGCUUCUGAUAUGUGUAAAUGCCAGUCCGCUUACACAGUUGCCGACUUUUGUUCAAGGGACGCUCUGCGUGCACUCGUCCCCCUUUGUCCUCUGCGUGACGGAACAUGAGAGAAGUGUCGUCUGCAGAUGUGCUUGCGCGGCCCUAGCCGGGCGCACCCAAGAGCGUAACCUAUUCCGAUGUCUGGUGAAGGGACAUCCAUAGCAUAGUGCAAGUUUGCCGUAAACAUUGCUUUUUUAGGCAGCGUAGGAAGUCAAACCAUGCAAAUUACUCAUGUGUUAACAUGCAAUACUCAAAGGGUUUUAAUUUAACUCUCUUCUUUUGAAUUCUUCAUGAUGAUUUACUGUAAAUGCUUCUCAGUUUGCAUGCUCUGAUCAUUGCUGCUAGUGAUUUUAUGUGCCAGUAGACCUGAGUUUAGUUUACCAAUUUUACUUAAAUAGUAAAAGCCACUUACAAAGUGACUGCCUAGGAUUUUUUUUUCCUUUUGUUUGAAGUAAUUGGUAAUAUGUCUUAUUUUCAAAAAAUGUGUUUCGUCUCUUAUUUGGUUCUGGCAUUUUAUUCUUUAUUUCCCCUCCCCCUUUCCUUUGUUUUUUAAAUAAAUUAUGAUGUUGGGAUUGGAAGCCCUGAGUAAUGAAAUCUUUUGGUAAGAAUUGUUAUGUAGCUCGAUAAUGAGGACAACAAAUCUCUGUUAGAAGAAUUCUGAUUCUGGGGGAGGAAGGAAAAAAUUAAAACUCCCUAUUGACUGUUGAUACCGAGUACAUUUUUCCUUCAAUGAAUUAAUAGUUUUGAAUGAAUGAUUGCCUUGUUUUAACCUGCUAAACACAAUUUUAAAUGACCCAAUAAAGGAGGUAUUGAAUUUUAUUCGUUUAAAAAGCAUCUUUUGUACCAAAGCAAAUUUUUUUCUCUACUCAUCUCCAUCAUCAAUUGGGACCUAUGGUGGUGACCAAUGCAUUGGUUACAGAAACUUUAAGUGAGUGCCUUGAGAAAACUUGGAAAUUUGUGCCUGGGGUGGUAAACUUUUAAUUAGGUUAAUUGUAGUGCUUACCAAUCAGUAAUUCCACUAUCACUCAGGGCUUUCGUACCUUCUAGGUAAAACUUCUUUCAUUGUGUUUUUUUAAAAUACUGUAUUUUUUUUUAAGUGCCAUCAUUUAAAUUUCACUUAGUAAGUGGCAGAUUACAUUAUUCAGUCCCACAAGCACAGAAACAUAGUAACACUAGGAGAUAUUUGAACAUUUAUUUUACAAUCGACUGAAUAUAUUAUGUAAAUGAGGUAAGCAACUUUUGUAGAGAUUGUAUGUGUGAGAUAAUGUAAUGUUCUUUUCCAGUUUUUGGACUACAGUUGAAUAAACUUUUUAAUUAUUUAAAAACAUCUUUACCGAAUAACAUGUGAUGGUUUUUUGUAUAAUGUAUUUGAUUUUGUAAAUACGUAUUUCCUGAUGUGAUUUUUGUGAGAAAUGCUAAAUCUUUUAGUAUAUCAUGUCCUCUCAAAAUUGGCAGGAGCUAAAUAAUAGUUUGUGGGCGAUUUGUAUUGUGUACUGUACAAUAACUGGGGAACUUUUAUAAUUAUAAAAAUAUAUAUUAACUUUUAGUGUGUUGUUUAAACAAAUGACUGGAACAUACUAAAGAUAUUAGUAGGAUUUUUCUGAAUAUUUCAGACUUGAACUCAGGCUAGCUUUCUUGUGUUUUUCAAAACAAAAUGGUGUCUUGUCUUUUAAAAUCAAUAAAUUUGUUUCCUUGUUACAAUA